AUGCCUUACCAACUAAUCCCAUUCGAAAUCAUUGUCCGAGGAGAGAUGAACAUCCUCCCUUCCAUCGAAUCGAUGCCAACGCCCUUUGAUGAGAUUUCAGGAUCUUUCGGCAUGACAAAAAUUGUCGGCACCAGAUGCCUGGCGUUAGGUGUCCAACCUGCCUUGCUAACGGUCAAGAAGUAUGGGUUAUUCCAGGAAGAGCCUGCGGCGCUUGUGGUUGAAAUUGCAGUGCGACAGCCUUCAGACACGAUCAGAACGAAGGAUAAUUUGGAAUUUGAGUAG